AGUAAUUCCCAUCCCCCAACACUGGAGGCCGGCUCGCGUUUAUUGUUUUUUUUAGGGGUAGCGAUGUAGCGAUGGUCGCGGUGUUGCGGUUCGUGCAAAAUUGUGUUAUGUGACCUUGCCUAAAGUAAAAUAAUUUCGCCUUAUGCUGAGUCGCGUUACCCCGUAACGAUGCCAGACACUCGGGUAGGACUCCCAACAGAACUCGGCGCCGCUGUAUAACAAACAAGCCCUCAAACGACCUUUUCACACCUCGAGAACCAGCACACAUCGUCGGCUGCCACAACUGCCAAGACAUGAUCGGCCUUUCUUUUGACCUAAACCACUAAUGUGCCUAGUCGACUGAGGGUGCGAGCGGACAGAACCGUGAACUUGGACCGGCAUGGUACGAGCUAACGGCAAACGAGAUGUCCGAAUUCUCCUAGUCGGCGAAGCGGGUGUGGGCAAGACGUCACUGAUCCUGUCCCUGGUUAGCGAGCAGUUUCCCGAGGAUGUCCCACCGCGGGCGGAAGAAAUCACGAUCCCGGCCGACGUGACGCCCGAAAAGGUGCCCACCCGGAUCGUCGAUUUUUCGACGCAAGAGCAAAGUCAGGAAAACUUGGCUGAAGAAAUUGGCAAGGCCAACGUGGUGUGCAUCGUUUACGCCGUGGACGACGAUGACACGAUUGACAAGAUCACGGACUACUGGCUGCCUCUCCUGCGAGAGCAGCUGGGGGACGAGCACGCUACCCCGGUGGUCCUGGUGGGGAACAAGGCGGACCUGGUGGAGUACAGCUCCCUGGAGAUGAUUGUUCCCAUCAUGAGUCAGUACCAGGAGGUGGAAACGUGCGUCGAGUGCUCGGCCAAGACGUUCAAGAACAUCUCUGAGCUGUUCUACUACGCACAGAAGGCGGUGCUCCACCCGACGGGGCCCCUCUACCUGCCCCAGGAGAGGGACCUGACAGACCGUUGCAAGACGGCGCUGACCAGGGUUUUCAGGAUCUGCGACUCGGACAAUGACGGCGUACUCAGUGACAAGGAGCUGAACCAGUUUCAGCGAAGGUGCUUCAACACUCCCCUGGAGCCCAGAGCGCUGCAGGACCUCAAAGCCAUCGUGGCCAAAAACUUGGAGGGAGGCGUUGAACGCGACGGCCUUACCUUGGAUGGGUUCCUCUUCCUGCACAUGGUGUUCAUCCAGCGGGGCCGGCAUGAGACCACGUGGACGGUGCUGCGCAAGUUUGGCUACGACGACCAGCUGGUGCUGCCGCGAGAGUACCUCUGCCCUCCGAUUCGAGUGCCGCCCGGCAGCAGCACGGAACUCAGUUCCAAGGGCUUCCAGUUUGUGACUGCUCUCUUCGAGAAGCACGACCAGGACGAGGACGGCUGCCUGUCCCCCGUGGAGCUGCGCUCCCUGUUUGGAGUGUGCCCGUGCUCCCCAUGGGCCCCCGACCUGGUGGGCACCGUGGCCACCGACCACCGGGGAUGGCUCACCCUCCAGGGCUACCUGGCACACUGGGCUCUGACGACGGCGCUGGACGUGCACAAGACCUUCGAGUGCCUUGCCUACCUGGGCUACCUGGGGGCGGGGGAGGAGAGCCAGCUGUCGGCCGUGCAUGUGACGCGGGAGAAGCAGCUGGAAGUGCAGCAGCGGCAGACGAGCCGGCAGGUGCUGCACUGCCACGUGCUGGGCCCCCAGGGGGCAGGCAAGACCUCCUUCCUGCGGGGCCUGCUGGGCUGCGGCCUGGACAGGGGCUCCCACCCGGGCUCCAAGUACGCCGUGGACCGGCUGCCUGUCUACGGCCAGGACAAGUACCUGCUGCUGCACGAGGUGGACCUGUUUGGCCAGCACGACGCCCCGGUGACACCCGAGCUUCACUGCGACGCUGUCUGCCUGCUGUUUGAUGCCAGCAACCCCAGGUCCUUUGAGCACGUUGCACGAGCCUACCUGAAGCACCUGGCCGGCAGCUCGGUGCCCGUGCUGCUGGUGGCCUCCAAGAGUGACCGGCCGGCCGUGCGCCAGGACUACCCGAUCCAGCCGGCAGAGUUCUGCCGGCGCCACGGGCUACCUCCUCCGCAGAGGUUCACCUGCGCCGUCCCGCCUUCCAGGGAUGUCUACGUCAAGCUGGCAACCAUGGCUGCCUACCCGAGCUUGCGUCGACUGGUCCACGUGCUGUUGGUGAGGCCCAUGGCUCCGUGGCUCUCACGGUACACAAGCCGGCUAGCGUCGGCGGAAGCCUCGGCUUGGCUCGGAGCCGGACUCGGAGCCGCAGCCGCCGCCUUGGCUGGGGUGCUGCUAGUGCGUCUGCUUCGAACCACUUCGCGAGACAGGUAGCGAGAGGACCCAACCACUGCCAGUGCUGUCGUCUUCGCCAGUCCUGCCCUCCUUUUCGCCCUCCCUCUUACCGCGAGGCCAAGUCUGAAGGGUCCUGGCCAGACCCCCCUAUCCCCCGAGCACCGGCACAACGACCGUUCCGGGGAUGUGCUGCUGUCACAUAAAGUCGAGUUUCUAGCGUUUUUUAUCUAGCGCA